CCGCCUGCCGUGAGCCGGCCGGGGAGACUCUCCUGCGCCGGGCGCCGCUCAUCGCAGCCACCCGUCCAAGGGCCCGGGGGACGCUGCGCGCGCGGCGGGGCCAUGGCCAGCGGGAAGGUUCUCUACCCCCUGUACCAGCUGGGAAACCCCCAGCUGAGGAUUUUCCGACCUAACUUCUUCAUGACACUGGUGAGGCCUGGUGUGCCACAGCCAGAAGACACUGUACAGUUCCGUAUCUCCAUGCAGAUGACGAGAGUGGAUGUUAAGAAUUACCUUGAAAAAAUAUACAACGUGCCAGUGUCUGUUGUGAGGACCAGAAUACAGUAUGGUGCAAACAAUAAAAGGAACCACAAGAACCAGAGAGUGAAGAAGCCAGAUUACAAGGUUGCGUACGUACAGCUGGGUCAGGGACAAACCUUUCAGUUCCCAAACCUAUUUCCAGAGAAAGAAGAAACCCCAGAACCUGGCUCUAUCGAAGACAUCCAGAAGCAGUUUAUGGAGAAGGAGAGACAGAGGCAGACAGCUGACCCCAGGCGAGGAGGAGUCACCGACUGGUUUGGACUUUGAUGGAACAAGGCAGCUGCCUUUAUGCCUCUCUGAUGGAUUUUAAUCAGCGAACCUGCGUCUUUCUCUCCCUAUGACAUAGGGUUUAUUUUCGAGCAGCCUAUCUGUGCAUAACUAUGACAAAAUGGCACAAAAGAGAAAUAAAAAUAAAAAGACAACAUUUCUGAUCUUU